AUGUCAGCUACUGAAGAUCCAACGAAAUUUCUUAGCAAGAGGACAAAUAUAGAUAAAGAAAUCAAGGUUAUCCUCGCUUGUAAAGAAGUGACGGAUGCUGAAGCUCUUGUUGGGAUUAUAUGCCGUAUUCUGUUGGUCAAGCAGAUGGUCUUUGAUCCCUAUAUCCAUCUUCGAGAAGAAGCCAACAACAAUCUCCAAAAUCCACCGAAUAAAAAUAACUUCAAUAAUCGUGAUACGAGAACCAGUAGUAACAGUAAUAACCGUGUUGCUCGCCAUUGUCGAAAGUGUUGGUCAAAUGACCACUUCUUCAACGAGUGCCAGUCUAUCGUUUAUUUGCCAUUCCCUGGUUUCAUGGAUGAUCUGAACGAUCGAAAUAUUGGAAGUACGAAUACGAGAGUAUGUACUAGGUGCGGAAAUCUAGUCAUCAACCAAUUCCCUGGAUUUGUAAAAGUCGCCGUUGGAUUGACUGCCUCUUCAUCGACUCUCGUAUACCUCCAUCGACUCUCGACCAGUGCGAUCCGAUGGCUACUUGAUUCUGGUGCUAGCACACACAUGACUGGGAAUAUUGAAUUACUGUCUGAUGUGGUCAAACCUAGUGCUAGGACCGUAUCUGGACUUGGAUCGUCUGUAUUUAGGUCUACAGCUAUUGGUGUCCUUGUUGGAUCAGCAAAUGGAUUCGAAUGGUCUAUUCCGAACGUCUUUCAAAACUCUACCCUACCAGGUGUAGAGACUGAUGAUGAGCCGUGUAGACCGUGUAUCAAACCUAAAAUAAUUAGAUUACCUUUUCCUAUAUCCGUAUCUCCAAAACCAGAAGCUUUGGAAGUACUUCAUAUUGACCCAAUGGGCCCAUUCCGUACAAAGUCACUUGAUGGAUCUGUUUAUAUCUUAAGAAUUAUAGAGGCAGGAUUCCAUUACGGAUGGGUGUUUCCAAAGAAAUCGAGAGCUGAAACUCCCAAUUUCAAAUUCUUUGAAUCUGAUAAUGCUAGAGAGUUUGUUGUGAAUACCGUGUCAUCGCAUUUACUUGAAAAUGGCAUUAUACAUCGACUCACGCUGCCACAUGCUCAUCAGCACAACGGAAUGAUUGAAAGAUACAAUCGCACCCUUCAAGAAGCUGCUAAAGCUCUACUCUUAGGUGCUAAUUUAGCACCAACGUUUUGGGCUGAAGCUAUCAAAACAGCAUGCUAUCUCCGAAACACGUUGACGACGACAGCUCUUGAGAAAGGGACUCCAUUUGAAGCACUGUAUGAGAAGGAACCAGUAUACGAUCAUUUGAAAGUGUUUGGAUCUAAAGCGUUCUUACACGAUCCGACUGAAUCCGAUAAACAGCAGGAUAGAGGUAUAAAACCUUUCGUGUAUUCUCGUAAUGUAAACUGGUUGGAGGAUACGAAAUCUGAUGGUAAAGGUGAUGCUGAUGUUGACUGCUCGACCCAACUCGAAAUUGAAGAGGAAGAUGUUUCGGAUGGAACAGUCUCUGAAAGUGAUGAUGAAGUCAUUAUAGUCGAUUUAGGAGUUGGUGAUACGAAGAGAUCUAGACCAGGUGAUGCAACAUCUGAUGGAGGAGGUGCUGUAUCUCCACGAUCUACUCCUCGUGAACGCACUGCAACUCCACCAUCACCUUCACCACAGUCACCACUAUCAACUGUUGCCACUCUCUUCAGCAAGUCGCUCAAGACGUUACCAAUAGUGACAGUGAUGAUGGUUUUGUCAGUCAUCCUUAUAGAAAACUAUCGGAUACUCCUCUGGUAA